CUGCCAUGCAAAGGCGACGAGGACUGUGGCGUAUUUGAUGUCUGUGUUCUAGACAUAUGCAUUGCAAAUCAUCAAGAAUGUCGACUGGAUAACCAUGAAGAUUGCGAAGUAUUCGAGUACUGCUUUGAUGGCGAAUGUGUACCGGAUCAUCAAGAUUGCCCGAAUGGUACAUGCCCAGAAGAUCAGGUGUGUGUAAACAAGAAAUGCGAAGUGCAUCCAGACACUACGCAGGCCCCUCCGAAAAUUACUCAAGUAACGAUAGCGGCACAGCCCUGCAAGGUUGGAUGGAUUCAUAAACCAAGCCAAAAAUCGUGCUAUAUGGUGCUUCAUUUGCUUCUGUGCCGUGCAGCAGGUUCUCAUCUGUGCUAA